GGCUACUUUUUGUGGCGAAUGUUUCAAUAAUUAGGUCACCAAAGGUAUUUGUAUACAAGUAGCUACAUACCAGUAGAUUGUGAUUUCCAAUGCAAGGAGCCAAUAUUGCCAGCACACCUUUAUCCCAAACAUCUCAGCCACAAUUAUGGUCACCCAUUAAUCCAGUAGCGCAUCAAAAGAAUGUUACUGCUCCGCAUCCUCUUUUCAGUGCAGACAUGUUGGCUUCUUCCUCAAUGCCGUCAUCACAACCAUUAGCAUGUUCCUCGCAUUCUGUCCUUCCCCAGUCUAGCCAACCCGUUCAGUCAUGCUCAGAGCUAUCAGCUGAUAGUCAUCUUGUGUCUGACUGUUAUGCCUCCCUUUUGGGACUGGCUGAAACAUUUAGGACAAUGAGUCCUCCCAAUAUGCGUCUUGCUGUUCAUUGUUUAAAAGCUAUUCUCCAUUUCAAACUUCCUGUGAAUUUGGAAGCUCGUACUCAUCUGCAGCUUGGACGACUUUUAUUUCACUAUAGUAAAAGUGAUGAGCAAACAAAAUUUCACCUGGAGAAAGCCCGUACUCUGGGUGCACACUUAAAGGCGAACGAUGAUUCUAUUAAAUUUGAAGCUGCCGCUCUGCUAGCCGAAUUUUUCGAGAAAAAGGGCAAACGAUAUGAAGCAACCUGUAUUCUAAAUGAUGCAAUCAGACUAUCAAAUAACAAUCCAUACUGGCAUUGUCGGAUAUUGCUAGAAUUGGCUCAAGCUCAUAUUGCUGAACGAGAUGUCAAUUCAGCCUGCGAAAUCUUGGCUAUGGGUUCUGAAUACGCCCGUCUGCAUAAUUCAGACUAUACAAAUGGUUUAUUCCUGUUGAGUAAAUGCAUGUUACUGUUGGCUAGUAGACAACUGCCUGAAUUUACUGUCACACUAACUACUGCCAGUCGAUUAAUUGAACAAUUCAAGGGGACAAUGUAUCAUCGUGAAGCUCUACGUGUAUUCUAUCUUGUUCUACAUGCAUCCUUUUAUCUUUUAUCUGGUCAAGCGAAAUCUGCUCAUCCAAUACUAAAGCAAUUGCAUCAAAGUAUUCAACAGUUUGCUGCUAUGGAUGAAGCUGAUAUUGCAUCAACAAAUGAAAUUGAUCGCUUCCAUUGGAUGCCUCGUGAGCAUAUGGUGAUAUUAGUUUAUCUUGUAACUGUUAUGCAAUCAAUGCAAGCUGGUAUGCUUGACAGAGCUAAACGAUCAGCUGAAAAGGCAUUAAUUCAAAUAGAAAAACUUUCCGUUUUCGAUACUAGUCCACUGCUUACUGUAUUCCACUUAAGUCUGCUGGAACAUACUGCUAUGGGUCGAUUAGUAAUGGGGGUUCAAACAGCCGCUGCACAAGAUAUUGGUCAAGCGUGCAGACUAUGUCAAACAAAUCCUAUACUAAUGUAUAAACGUCUUCCACAACUGCAUACAUUGAUUGGUUUAUAUGCUAUGUCAAUGAAUUGUAUGAGUCAAGCAGAAAAUCAAUUCAAGUAUGCCCUUAGACUCAUUGCUGGAUCACAGCAAGGUAUGAAUUGUCGAAGUGUGCCUGGAGAUAAAAACCUCUUAAGCCUUACAGGUUCUACUAGAGCCUGUUGUCAACCAGAUGGACCACGUGACUCCUUGUCUGUAUUAAUCUGUCUCAAUUUAGCCUUGGUGCAUAUCCGGAAGGGAAAUAUAGUUGAAUGCGAGGCAUUAUUGAAUGAAGUAUUUUCAUCUGGUAUCCAUGUACUAGAAGGUUGUUAUUGUCUUCGUGCUGCUGCAGACUAUGUUCGAGCAUUUCAAGCAUUUUAUGAAAAUAGAUUGCUAGAUGCAAAAUCUUUUCUACGUGAAACUGUACAUUUGGGUAAUGAAGAAGAAUUACAUCGUUUGUCAGCAUCAGCUUUUAUUACUAUGGGUCAAAUUCAUUUGAAUGAAGAAAAUACAGCUGAAGGUCAUAAGAUGAUAAGUGCAGCAAUUCAUAUAGCUAAUAAAUUACCAGAUAUAGGCAUUCAAUUAUGGGCAACUGCACUACUAAAAGGUGUUGCUAAUGUCUGUGGUGAUACACAAGAAGAAACUCGUUGGUUCACUGAACAUGAUCGUUUCUCUCAGAUUGUAAUUCAUGAACAUAUGCGUGCAAUGUCAGCACCAGAACAUGCACUCAUCUAUUGGUUGGAUGGACCUUUACCUGACCUACAACCUCCUCAUGCACUUCCGUCGAAUUCAGAUUCCAAUUUAAUUUAAUGUAAUUGAAUAUCAGUAAAAGUAAACGUUUUUCUUUAUAUGCAUAUGAAUGGAGUAUAAUAAGUGAUCUCAUAUUAGUGAUAAGGACGGUAGGACAGCACAGUAAUUAACACACAUUUCUUCAUGGUAUGUGUUCAGUCAUACUGGUCUCUUUCUUGUUUUGUUUUUUGUUUUGAUAAAAUAGCCAACAUUAUUUCUUCUCUGAGGUACAUACUUUUUUGUUUGUUUAUUAAUAAUGGUAAUUUUCAUUUUGGUGAUUUAUUAUAGCCAAAGAAAGUUAUAUAUCUACCUUUGCCCUCCUUCUCAGCCUUCAUCGGGUUUCUUUUUUCAUCUUGACAACUGUAUUUAUUGUUAUUGUUAUCUUCUGCUUUAAUUUUUGUCAUUUUAUUUUUAUGUACAAAGAAAUCAUGAUUUUCGCCUUUUUUCCCACUUUCGCCCCGCCCCUGAUUCCCUGUACACCUCCACCCACCCCCUUGAUUGUUUUUUUUAUUAAAGAAAGUUGAGUGGAGGGUGGUGGUGGUAAUAGUAGUAGUAUAAUAUGAUCCAUCGUGUGUAAUCUUUCAAGCGAUAUAUAUAUAUGUAUCGGAGACAACUAUUUCUGAAACGUAUUCAAAGAAGUAUUUUAUUACUUUAAUCUGAUAGAUAUUCAUCUCUUUCUGUGUGUAUGUUUUUGAAAAUAUAUUCUGUAAAUAUACUUUUAUUAUAAUAAUU